AUCAAACAACACCAUGUCUAGCGAACCAUAUGAUCCUUACAUCCCUUCUGGUUCUAAACCAACUGUUCCAUCCUCAGGUCCUGCUCCUGUUGGAGAAAGAGGUGCACAGAGUAAAAAUAUUUCUGCGAUCCAGAAACAGAUUGAUGAUACCGUUAAUGUGAUGCAUGAUAAUAUUCAAAAGGUCGCAGAGAGGGGUGAACGAUUGGAUGCUUUACAGGAUAAGACGGAUACUCUGGCCGUCUCUGCUCAAGGUUUCCGUCGAGGUGCUAAUCGCGUUCGUAAACAAAUGUGGUGGAAAGACAUGAAAAUGCGUGUCAUCAUCAUUAUCGGUAUUUGCGUGUUGAUCGUCAUCAUCGUCGUGCCCAUUGUCAAGGCGAUCAAGAACUAAUCCCACUUUUACAAACCAUCUCUUUCGUGUAUAUCAUUUACCCGUUUUCACCCUUUUGUUAUUUUCCAUACGAGUAGUCAUGCCACGGUUUUUGAAUGUAGGGAACGAUGUAUGAUACCUUUGAUCCG